AUGAAGCCAGUGGAGGACGAGUCGAGUGUGGUGACGUCAGGGGAGAGACGAGCUCGAGAGGUCUGCGUACAUGUUCAUGAGGGCAACCAUGAAGCGCAGCAUGUCCAAGUUGUUCAUCUUCACAGCGAAACAGAGAGGAGCUCAGACAAGACCGGCACUCCUCAGGCGAUCCUCUCGCUCGUCUAUGCUGUUUUCUACUGCACCACCUCCAUCGCCAUGGUCGCAACCAACAAGCUGGUCGUGAGCAACUUCGACUUCUCCUUCACCUCCUUCCUCCUCCUCCUCCAGGCCCUCACCACCAUCUUCCUGGUGCAAGUCUUCCCCAUCACCCCGACCUUCUCUCUGCAUGCUCUCAGGAAGCUCGUUCCUCUCUCCUGCUUCUACCUCCUCAACGUCACCACGGGCCUCCUCGCCGUCCGCCUGCUCACCAUCCCCGCCUACACGAGCAUCAAGCGCCUGACUCCGAUCUACGUCCUCGUCUUCGACUUCCUCCUGCGAGGCAAGCGGCAGUCUGCCAUGGUCAUUUGCGCGGUCUUCCUCCUCCUGGCUGGGCCCCUCAUGGUGGCGAGGGGAGACAUGGACUUCAAGUUCUCCUCCUAUGCUGUUGGCUUCGCUGCGAGCGCAACGCAGGCGCUCUACCUCAUCAGCGUCUCUCACUUCAACGACGCCGGUUUCUCCGAGGUAGAGCUCAACUACUUCAACAGCAUCAUCACCACAGCCCCCCUCCUCGUGGGGACCUUCAUCUUCGAUCGCGGCCUCGUGCAUCAUGCUGCAUGGCAGAAGCCCUGGUUCCUCUCCUCCCUUGCUCUCUUCUCGCUCCUCAGCGCUGUCUUCCUCUUCGCUGCUACCGUGCUCACCAGCCGCUGCUCUGGGCUGACGCUGUCGGUGAUGGGGCAGCUGAAGGGGCUCGUGCAGACGUGGAUCGGCUUCUUGUGGUUCGGCAAGGUGAACUUUGUGGAGGAGGGCUUCGUGGGGAUCGGAGUGUCAACAGCAGGAGCAGCUCUGUAUGCGUAUGCCAAGUACGAUGCGAAGAGGGGGAAAUGA